CAAAAGAUAAACAACGUCCGUUCCGUCGCCCCUUUUCUACGAUAAAUACCGGGCUUGUAUCCAAAAUUGACGAGAAUGUGGAUUGAAAUGUGACUAUUGCGAGGCUGGAAUUGUGAAUUGCGAGCUUGAACAUUAGGUUUACAUGUUAAACAAUACAUCACAGAGCGCUGGAACUGUCUCGUUGGAGCUGAACUCGGACCAAGGGCGAUAGGGGAAAAAAAUGAAACUAGCAAUAAGUGUAGGAGUGGCCGCGGCCGUGCGGUUCCUGCUGAUGAACUCCCGCUAUUCUCACGGGAUACAGAAUCGGGUGGAGGUGUCCACACCCAUCAACUCGUGGAAGAGGGUCGAGGAAGGUGCCUAUCUGUAUGCGAACGGAGUGAAUCCGUACGAUGGCGACGUGUACCACAAAAACCCGCUCAUACUGCAUGCCUCCCGCUGGCUGCUCGAUAACGUCCCCAGUGCCAUACCGUCCCUGUUCAUCCUGCUGGACGUAGCGACCGGCAUCCUUCUCCUGCUGGCAGCGCGUGUAUUCAUCCGCGAAAUGUACGAAAAACAACGAAAAGAAAAGGAUAGCUACGCAAAGGACACGGAGGAGCUACAUCUAGUCGAGACGGACAUGUACACGGUACCGAUGUCCGUGGGGUUCGCUUACCUGUUCAAUCCCUACACCAUCCUGAACUGCGUUGGACAGACGACGACCGUGUGGAGCAAUUUCCUGCUGGCCGCAUUCUUCUACGGGCUGUCACGCCGUCAGCGGUUGCUUAGUUUUUUGGCGCUUGCUCUCGAAACACAGAUCAAUCUGUAUCCGUUUGUUCUGCUCGCCCCGGGCGCCCUACACAUUGCCAACCAGGAGCUGAGGGAGAACGGGGGCAGCGCUGGCAGUCGGUUUCGUAGCAUAGCGAGCAGCAGUGUGUUGUUUGUGGCGCUAUUUUUAGGCGUUAAUUACUUCGGCAGCUUUCUGAUGGGUGGCGACUGGAGUUUCCUAGAUGCAACGUAUGGUUUCAUUAUCAACUGCCGCAGCUUGCAGCCUAACAUUGGGCUGUUUUGGUAUUUCUUCACCGAGAUGUUCGAUCACUUCCGGACGCUGUUCCUGUACUCGUUCCAGAUCAACGCCACGCUGCUGUAUCUGUUUCCGCUCACGUUCAAGCUGCACAAGGAACCGAUCAUGCUUGCGACGAUGCUGAUCGGUCUGGGGGCCGUCUUUCGCUCGUAUCCUUGCAUCGGAGACGUUAGCUUCUAUCUCGCCCUCAUACCGCUGUGGAAAUCGAUCUCUAUGUUCAUGAAGAACAAUUUUAUCGUCGGCGCGACAAUGUUGGUCACGAGCGUGCUUGCGCCCACCGUGUGGCAUCUGUGGAUCUACAACAAUUCGGCCAACGCCAACUUUUACUUUGGCGUGACGUUGAUUUUCUGCACCGCGCAGAUUUUCCUAAUAACCGAUCUCUUCUUUGGGUACAUCAAGCGAGAGUUCUGUCUGAAGCACGGCAUUCGUGUGCUCGUGGACGGAAAGGAGGCACGAAUUACGCUGGAGUAUUAAAAUGAAACAGUUUUAUCAAUCUACCCAUCAGGGGAGGUGGAUAAGAGCAGCUGUAAAGAAAAGCUUAGAACAAACAAAUAAAUUAAAUUACAUUUUCACCACCCCCC